CUCAUCAUCUUCUUCACGGGAAACGGAGCUGAACGGAGCACCGGGAGCACCGGGAGCACCGGGAGCAGCGGACUUUACAGGACCGGUGAACUCCGCCGGCAGCGUCCACGCGGCUCCCCGCACACAGAAAAACUGUGUGCAGGUCCUGAGGGCCCACCAAGGUCCACCAAGGUCCUGAGGGCCCACCAAGGUCCACCAAGGUCCUGAGGGUCCACCAAGGUCCACCAAGGUCCUGAGGGCCCACCAAGGUCCACCAAGGUCCUGAAGAUCCACCAAGGUCCACCAAGGUCCUGAAGAUCCACCAAGGUCCACCAAGGUGGUGCCGUCGUGGCUGAUCUUGGACCAGCGUGGAGGACUUGUGUUGGACUUGUGGUGGACUCGUUGAGGACUCAUGGAGGACUCGUAGACUCGUGGAAGACUUGUAGACUCGUGGAGGACUUGUGGAGGACUUGUUGAGCACUCGUGGAGGACACGUUGAGGACUCGUGGUGGACUCGUUGAGGACUCGUUGAGGACUCGUACACUCGUAGAGGCCUCGUGGACUCGUUGAGGACUCGUGGAGGACACGUUGAGAACUCGUGGACUCGUGGAGGACUCGUGGAGGACUUGUUGAGGACUUGUUGAGGACUCGUACACUUGCGGAGGACACGUUGAGAACUUGUAGACUCGUGGAGGACUCGUGGACUCGUUGAGAACUCGUUGAGGACUCGUGGAGGACUUGUUGAGGACUCGUACACUUGUGGAGGACACGUUGAGAACUCGUAGACUCGUGGUGGACUCGUUGAGGACUCGUGGACUCUGCAGAUCAGCGGUCAUGAAGCUGCCCUGCUCGCUCCUCUGCUCGCUCUGGUUGCUCCUGCUGCUCGGAGCCGGGUCUCUGGUCCUGCUGCUCCACCUGCAGGACCUCAGUGACACGGUGCAGCAUCAGACCACAGGUGUGAACGUGGUCGUGGCUCCCAGGUGGCCUGUAGAGAAGGUAAGAGAACCAGAACCAGAACCAGGACACAGAGACCUCUGCUGCUCUGUUCAGGAAGUGAUGUCAGACAACACAGCAGGAAGUCUCAAAGUGUCAUUGGAGGACUCGACGGUCGGUCAGCCGGUCACCAAACGUCACAGGAAGUUGCUCCUAAAGACAAACUUUGUGGCGUCUGGCUCCGCUGGCAAAGAUGAGGACCAGCGCCUGAGGUGGCUGGCCAGGACGCAGGAGUCCCGGCGCCACCUGCUGGCCGACGUCUGUGCCAAAUACCAGCCGGGCAUCGGCGAGCAGCGCAUCUCUCAGCGGCAGGUGUCCCGGGUCUACGUGGAGGACCGGUCCAGGCUGCUGUACUGCGAGGUGCCCAAAGCCGGCUGCUCCAACUGGAAGAGGGUUCUGAUGGUGUUGGGUGGCAGCGCUGCCUCCACCCGUGACAUUCCUCACGACGCGGCACAUUACGCCAACCGCCUGCGGCGGCUGGAAAGUUAUGGCCACGCCGGCAUCAUCGAGCGGCUCCGGUCGUACACCAAGGUUCUGUUUGUCCGGGAGCCGUUUGAGCGGCUGGUGUCGGCCUUUCGGGACAAGUUUGAGAGUCCGAACUCGUACUACCACCCUGUGUUUGGACGGCCCAUCAUCUCCAGAUACCGUGCCAACGCCACAAGCGUCGCUCUGCAAACCGGCGCUGGUGUCACCUUCAGGGAGUUUGUGCAAUACCUGCUAGACGUGCGGCGGCCCGUCGGGAUGGACAUCCACUGGGAGCCAGUCAGUCAGCUGUGUAACCCCUGCCUGCUCUGGUACAACUUCAUCGGGAAGUUUGAGAGCCUACAGGAGGACGCCAACUUCCUGCUACGACGCAUUGGGGCGCCAGCAAACCUCACCUUCCCCGACUUCAAAGACCGGAACCCACUCGCAGAGCGGACCUCAUCCAGAAUCACACAGAGAUACUUUGAGCAGCUGAACGCCACCGAGCGCCAGAAGACCUUCGACUUCUACUACAUGGACUACCUGAUGUUCAACUACCCCAAACCCUUCAAAGACCUGCACUGACCGAGGCUCAGGUGGACUCAGGUAGACUCAGGUGGACCCAGGUGGACUCAGGUGGACCUUUGGUCCAGGACUCCGUUUUUUUCUGUGUGAACUCUUCUUUUGAUUUCAGGAAUGUCGAUCAAACACUGAACACGUGACUUUGUGAUGUCACUUUGUCCUGAUGAUCAGCUGACGCAUGAAAACAUGUCACACUAAUAAUAAAUUAUAAUUAUAUUAAUUAAUAAUCAGGUGAUCUCAGGUGAGCCGGCGCGUCAGAGAAACAUUUGAAGAAUGUUUUUAAACAUGUGACAGGUGGUCUGCAGGUGAGAAUGACAUCAUGAUGUCUGAGUGACAUCACUACAUUUCAAUGACUUCCUGUUGAUGAUGAACUUCCUGUCUAGAUGAAUGUUACCCAUGAAGCCUUACACUGCCGUUUGUUUGUCCUGAUGCAUUCUGGGUGUCGUUUGCCCAAAUAUGAAUAAUUAAUAAAGUUUUCUUAACGAA